AUGUCAACGCAAAAAAAAGAAGAAGAUUUCUCCCCCCGCCAUUGGAGCAGCCCCGCCCAAAGCGACGGAGGUGUGGUACACCAUCCUAGUACGUCGACUGCACCGAAUAGUACUAGUUCUAGUGCAGAAACCUCCGCGGCACAACUGCCCUCCGGAACCUCUUUCCGCGUGACCGCCGCUUCCGAGCGAAACUACGCCCCUACGGAGGGCGUCCCCCCGAAGCCGCGGUUUUUCCGCUUGUUUCUGUGGAAGGGGAAAAAUGCGACGACUUCUGCGAGGACCGGCGAUGGUACUAGUAGUUCCUGUGGUAGUCCAGAGCAAGAGCGGGAAAAUCUUUACAACAAUUCCGGGGAAAUAGUAGACCAUGCAAAAAAUACUUCAAUACCGUCGAUCUCCGAGGAAGCUGGGCAGAACUCCCUGGAGCGAGAGCUGCUGCACAGAAAUUCCUUUGCCACAGAAGAUCAAGAAGAAGGCAAGAAAAGUGGCAAUCGUACUACUGGAAGAGUUCUUUCGGAUGCAACUACAAGAAGUGCAGCUGCAACACCACCGCCUCGCGCCGGUUCAGUGGUGGUCCACGCUGGUCCUACAAGUCCCUUGCUUUCCUCCUGUAUGGGGGUGUCAGAAUCGAAAUCCUCAAAGUUGAAAUAGUUUGUCAUGCAUAAAAUGCAGCUCCCAGUAUGCCUGUCUUGCAGAGUAGGCAAGUGAGGCAGAUUGAAAGCCUGCUGAGGGGUAGAAACUGAGCUGCUAAAGUAGCAUGACAAAAGGCGUCUUCCCUACCCAAACUGCAUGACAAACUGGAUUUCGGUUCUACCCAAAUUUGUCAUGCGCCACUUGGGAAUUGGGUUACAACUUUCAUCCAUUUUAUGCAUUCCAAGUUGUUUCAACUUUGUCGAUUUCAACCCUGACACAUCCAUAUCCUGCUGCAACCUGGUCAUCCACUGGGCGUUGAUGCUGCUCUAUCCCACGAAAAAAGUGGUACAGUUACACAUUUGUAGUCAACUCAGCAACACAAAUUUCUCUGCAUGAGAGAGAAAACUUGUAAUGCAGAAAUCCUACGGGAAAAAAUGAAACGAGGCUCCUAAGCAUAUCCGACAUGACAGAGCUUGUCUGCCUUGCUUGGCCUGCAACACAAUGCGUAAGUGUAACACUUUUUUCUUGCGAUAUGCUCAUCGCGGGGCUGAGUUCGCUGGUUGUGUAUCGGAAGGUGGUGUAUUGCUUUCUUGUGCUGUUGAACAGGAAUACCAGCAAGGACGGUGACAGCAAGGUGGCACUUGAUGACGCCGACUUGUUUUUCUCCUCCUUCCCGUCAAUUCCGCAUCUCCAGUACGAGGUGGUGAUUCUCAUCGUUCCGGCGAUGGUGGUGUGUGCGUAUUGGAACUGGUUCUCCAAAGAACUGGUGCGGUACCAGUAG